CGGUCAGUCGAUCGCUCCGCUCCGGGAAGAUCUGGAGUCUGACCCUGCACCGCCUCCGCCGCCGUCCUGGCGGGGCGGCCGCCAAGGAAAGCAGGUGCGGUGCCAACGGUGACGGGCGGCGGCUCCAGCGCUGCCCGCGCGUCCAGCCGGCCGCGUCCAGUGAGGCGGGAGCCGUGGGACGCGGAGACCUGUGAACUGGAGUGGGAACGGCAGCGGUCCUCGGAGCGCAGUGAGGACUGAGAGGACUGGGAGGACUGAGAGGAGUGCGAGCAGUGGGUGCCGAGACGGUCCGAGGGUGACGAGCAGGGACCGAAGCGGAGCCGAAAUGUAUGUACGCCCCAGCGCUGGCCUCUAGCAGGAGGCCGGAGCAGCGCUAACGUUUUGGUCGCCGGCAGCGGCUGUGUGCGCGCCGGCCGCCAAACGCCCAGCUUCUAUAACACUCGCCGCUCCUUCCCAACGCCUGUCUUCGGUGAACCGGCCGCCGUCGGGCCCGCCCGGCGAGAAGGUGCACUUCGUCCGGUUCGAGAUCAGCUCCGAGGAGGAGAGCGGGGAGGAGAGUGAGAAGGAGGAGGAGAGUGAGGAGGAGCCCCCUCCGCCCCCGCCGCCGCCGGCCGCCCCCCGCCCAACCCCCGGCCGUCCAGCCAUGCCCGUCGAGGCCGAUCCGGUGCCCUGGCGCAAGCCCAAGCUGAAAAAGGUGGAGCGCAAGGGGUCGGUGACGCAGGCGCCGCCGUCCGAGCCGCCGGCGCGGCCGCCCUGGGCCGAUGACGCCAAGCGCCGGCUGGGCGAUGUGCCGGUGACGCCCCAGAAGCCGGCGGCCAACAGCAGCGCCAAGCCGCAGUGGGCUUCGAAGCCGGUCGACGUCGACAAGCUGGAGGAACUGGAGCGGAAGCACCAGGAGAGGAUACCGGCCACACCCGCCCAGCCCGAGUGGACCGUGAAAAAGAUGGACGCCACCAAAUUGGGCCGCCUCGAGCGGCAGAACCGGCUGGACAAGAUGGCGAGCUUCGACAAAUCGGCACCCGACUGGGCAGAUAAACGAAAAUCACUCGACUUCAGCAAGCUGCAGGAACUGGAAGCGAAGGCGAAGGCCGAGCAGGCUGCGGAACAGAAGCCGGCGCCAUGGACAGAAACGGUCCAGCUGGUGCCGCCCCCGCCCCCGCCCCCGCCCCCGCCCCCGCCGCCGCCACCGGCAGGGGCUCCGCCGCCCCCGCCGCCUCUACCAGGCAAGCAGCCGAUGACUGCCGCUCAGAAGGAGCGCCUGGAGAAGCUGAAGAAGACGCCACGCCGCCGACCCGACUGGAGCACCAUGAUGAAGGAAAUUAGCCAGCCGAAAUCCCUGAAGAAAGUCCAGUGUAACGAUCGCAGCGCUCCAAUCGUCAAAAACCUCAAACGGAAAGAUAACGAGUUCGUAUUUGAAUCAGAAAAGGAAGCAUCAGCAACGGCAAAGCUGCUUAGUGAGAUUAGACAGGGCGUCAAAUUGAAAAAGGUGAAGACCAAGGAUCGGAGCAAGCCAAUGCUAGAAGGACUGCGGAAGCUGCGCCGACAGAAGACGUCCGAGGCGUUCCUGAACCUGCCGCCCGAGGAGCUGAUUGACUCGGAGCCCGAGGAACUGGACGAUAUCGAUAAGGUGCGAGACGACCUCCAGUCGACCCGGCAGCUGCUCGGCGAGGAGGUCAAGAACCGCGAGCGGCUCGUCAAGGAGAACAAGCACAUGAAGAACGAGCUGAAGCGGAUGCAGGACGAGCUGGACAAGCUGCGCGGCACGGCACAGCCGGACGCCGCUGCCGCGGAGACGGUGCCACCGCCGCAGACAGCCCAGGACGUGGCGGCUGACGCGGCGGGGGCGGGGGCGGGGGCGGGGGCGGCUGAGGUGAGCGCCGUCCGGGAGGAGUUGGAGGCGGCUCGGCUGGCGGAGGCUCUGUGGGCGGAACGGGCGCGCACCGCCGAGCAGGAGCUGGCCGCCCUGAGAGCCCGUCUGCAGGACGAGGGUCUGCUCAACGGGCCGCCGGAGCCGGAGGAGACCAAACCAGCCGAGUGGGAGAACGAGCAGGUGGUGGUCAAGAGCAAGACCAAGGACAAACUCUCCAAGACCGCCUCCAAGGCCAAGGUCAACAAGAGCGGAGGCGAUGGCAAAGAGGCAGAGGAAGCAAAAGAAGGGAAGGAUGGCAAGGAAAGCAAAGAGGGCAAAGAGGAGAAGGACGAUAAGAAACCGAAGCUGCAGAAGGAGAUGAGCAAGCCGUCUGAGGAUAUUGAGGAAUCGUCUGAGGAGGAGCUGUCCUCGGACGACGAGCCGGACAGCGAGGAGGAGACGUCGCGAGCUCGACCAGGACAGAAAAAAGAAAAUGAGGGACCUGAAAAUGUGCAAGAGCAAGGUGUGGCACAUCAACACUAAGGAGAAGCACGCCAAAGAUGAGAGGAUACAGCUGAAGAACCGCAUCAAGUCUCUGAACCAGAGCCUGAAGGACGAGAACCGCAAGUACAAGGAGCUGCAGCGCGAGGUCCGUAAGCUGGGCGCCAUGAUGAAGGGCAGCGACGAG